AUGCUGACAGGCACACCAACUAAUACCAUGAUGACAGUCACAUUAACUAAGUACCAUGUGACAAACACAUCAAGUAAUACCAUGAUGACAGAGACUUUAACUAAUACCAUGAUGACAGGCCAUUCAACUAGUACCAGGAUGAUAGACACAUUAACUAGUAUUAUGAUACCAGGGAUAUCAACUAGUGCCAUGGUGACAGGUGCAAAAACUAGAACUAUGAUGACAGUUAAACCAUCUACUUCCAUGAUAACAGUCACAUUAAUCCCUACCAUAAUAAUGGGGAAAUCAACUAGCACAUUGAAGACAAAUAGUACCAUGACAGUCAUUCUAACUAGUACCAUGAUGCCAGACACAUCAUCUAGUACUAUGUUGUCAGGCACAUCAUCUAGUAGCAUGGUGACAGGGGCAUCAAUUAGUAUCAUGAUGAAAGUCACAUCAACUAGUAGCAUGAUGAAAGUCACAGCAACUCGUACCAUGAUGAAAGUCACAUCAACUAGUAGCAUGAUGUCAGGGGCAUCAACUAGUACCAUGAUGACAGGCACAUUAAUUUCAACCAUGAUGAAAGUCACAUCCACUAGUAACAUGAUGACAGCGACAUCAUCUAGUACCAUGAUGACAGGGGCAUCAACUUGA